GCCAAUCAUUUGAUGUUAUUGACCUCGCAAUUAAAAACAGUUCUGUUUUGUAUCAGUAUUUUAGUCCUUUCCCAAUGAUCAGUCGUGAGAUAUUUGGUAUCAAUGGAUUCCUUGUAAUUUCAGGAUUGUGACGAUGCAACUGACAUCAUGUCUGAAAAACUGAGUGCACCAGACCCAGGAGGUCUGCAAUGUUGAUAACGAAUGAUCUGCCAUAUUUUUUCAAAUCAAUAAAAUAAAACAGGAGGGGGAUUUUCCAGCUUUAAGGCCACAAUGACCGAUGAAGAAGUCAGAGCCUGAUCAUCAUAACUCCUACUUUUGGAGUUUUUGAGUCAGAUUUAAUACUUUAGAAAUAUAUCUAACCUGGAAAACAAGAAAAGGACUGUCUUAUAAUUAUUACUGAAUUGCUUCAUUCCAAGCAUUAACUAGAAAAUAAGGGACAUGAAUCAGAAAAAUAUCAAGCCCGCAUGUUAAGACAGGAGAAGAAGUUUAGUCAGACAGGAGGUACAUUACAAAACGUGACUUGGGUGUUUGCUGGUGUUACCUCGCAACAGGUUUAUUGCAUUGCAGUCAUAUAUGUUGAACCUUUCAGUACCAAUUUAACAUUGUAACAUUAGUAUUAGCAAAGCUUAACAACAUGAACCAUAUGGUCCUCAGUUUCAGACACAGCAGCAGAGGCAGAUGAUCACUGAGGAUCUGGGACAUGAUGAGCUCAUGGAGGCAGUUAAGAAGAGCGAUCGAUACAGAAGAUGCUGUUUUCAGCAUGCAGAGGGGUUUCCAGGUGGGCUUGCCACUCCUAGUCAUCCAGUUGUUCCAAGAAGGUUUGGGAAACAUCCCUCCCAUCACUAUGGCUGUUUUCGGCUUCAAUGUUUAUCUUUAUGUGUUCCCUCCCACUCCUUCACUAAAGGCCUGUGUGAGUCUUCAUCAGGUGUACCGGUCUAAAGAGUGGCAUCGUCUCUUCCUGUCCCCCCUGCAUCAUGUUGAUGACUGGCACCUCUACGCCAACAUGGUAUCCUUCCUGUGGAAAGGCAGCCUGCUGGAGCGUCAUCUGGGUGGAGGCUGGUUCCUCUAUCUGCUGUCAGUCUUCUCUCUUCUCUCUGGACUGGUGUACCUACUGCUGCAGGCGCUGAUGUUAAAAGUCAUUGACUGGUCUGAUCGCCUACUGGAAUACAUCGACCUGCCGUCGUACAGCAGCGAGUGUGUGGUCGGCUUCUCAGGUGUCCUGUUUGCUCUGAAGGUGGUCAGCAACCACUUCAACCCAGGUGGUGUGACCCUCCUAUUGAAUAUUCGGGUGUCCAAUCGCUUUGCAAGCUGGGUGGAGCUGGUGCUGAUACAUCUUAUUGUUCCUGGGACUUCUCUGGUCGGCCACCUGGCAGGUAUCCUGGUGGGUCUACUCUACACUGUGGGUCCACUGAAGAUCAUCCUGGAAACAUGUGCAGAGUUAUUAACUUCAGGUGGAAUUAACUCACCGCUGAAUUCCUCCAGCAACUCUUCAGACAGAGGAAGAGGCGACACCUCCUCGGAUGACCGACAUCCAACAGAGAAUCGCAACACAGAAGAUGCCUCAGAUUAUUCAGAAUAUGACAUCGCUGGACUGACUGAGGAGGAGCAGAUAGAAAUGGCAAUAAGAAACAGUUUAAAGAAUAAAGAACAAACCAGGCAGAGGGAAACGCAGCGUACCCGCGAGGAGAAGGAGGAUGAAGGCACUUUGGAGGAGCGCACAAGGAAAAGAUGUGUUCAGAAAAGAGGAGAGAAGACUGUAGUGAUAGAAUGACUUCAACAAUGAUGAGUAAAAAGCAGUUCAUCACAGCUGGGAUUUUGUUUUAUAUGAAACCUGGAGUCAUCUGUGCAGCUUGCAGUUUCCCUUUAUGUCUUUUGCCUUUUUUAAAUCAAGCAGUCACGGGAAGCAUCCUAGCAAUAUUUUCAGGAACAGCUGGCCUGGCUUAAAACCUCUGAACUUUUCUACACACAGUGAGAUUGGAAAAAAAUAAAUACAUCAGUCGCACUGAGAGGACAUAACUGCCUGUCAUUUUACUUUUCCACAUCUUUUAACUGUGUACUAAUCAUUUCUUCUUGGUUUGGGUUUUGUUCUUGCUGAAAUAGUUUUGUCCUACUCUGUCCUAAGGAACAAUCAAACUUCAACAACUGGACCAUGUUUAUUAUACGUUUAUUGUAUGCUUGGUUUGUAAUGUUUAUGUUUUGUAAUGUAAAGAAUGAAGUUAAUUUACAGUAAUGUUAGUGAA